GAAAGAGAGAGAGAGAGAGAGAAAUCACUGUUGGUUGUAGCUUGACUUAAGGGUUUCUCUGCCCGCUGAGGCAUUCACAUCCCGGAGCUCAUGUGGUAACAUCCAGCUGUGCUUGGCACCACCUACAAAGUGGCCUGAACGCAGGGUGUAGCAAAGACAGACAGGGUGCAUUUAUGCCUGAGACAAAAAGGGAUUUCUACUAGAAAGAGAGACUUAGUAGCAGCAGGGACCAAGAGACCAACAAGCGAAGACGUCUGAUCUAUUAACGUAACACUUCCAACUUCACUGACAUGGCAGCAAUGGAAGCGAUGGAGUGCUCCAGCGCUCAGCUGGAGCCACGGUCCCUCGCUGAGAUCUCAGACGACGAGGUCGACAUUCCACACUCAGAAGAUGAAGACGGUGUCCUCGCUGCGGCAAAGAAAGAGCUGUCCGCCAUGGAAACGGAGGGGGAGGCCGCCGAAGACAAGGAUGAGUCUGGCAAGUCGGACCAGCAGGUGAACGGGGUGCUGGUGCUGUCUUUGCUUGACAAGAUCAUCGGUGCCGUGGACCAGAUCCAGCAGACCCAGAGCGGGCUGGAGGCCAGGCAGCAAGAGAUGGAGCGCUCGGUGACCAACAUCCAGGGCGAGCUCACUAAGCUGUCCAAGAACCACAGCACCACGUCCAACAGCGUCAACAAGAUGAUGGAGAAAGUGGGGAAGGUGAGCGUCAACGUCAAGACUGUGAGAGCCACCUUGGAGAAGCAAGGGGGGCAAAUCAAGAAGCUGGAGACCAACGAGGCUGAGCUCCUGAAGAGGCGCAACUUCAAAGUCAUGAUCUACCAGGACGAAGUCAAGGUUCCCUCAAAACUCAAUGUGUCCAAAUCCAUGCGGGUCUCUGAGUCCGUAUCGGGAAGCAGAGGAGGGAGCGUGCUCGAGCUCAAGGAAGCUGCGGAGGAGGCGGAAGAAGGAGACAAGGAGAACAAGCCCAGCGUAGACCUGUCCUCGGACGAGGAGGGAGUGACGAUCGACGACGUCCUCGAAGAGACCCGUGCUGAGCGCAUCAAGCGUAGCAGUCUGCAGCGUGUACAGACCCUGAAGACAGUAUUCUCCAAGGAGAAGAUGGAUAAGACCAGGGCCAAAACCAAGGAAAACCUGGAGAGGACCAAGCAAAAAACCAAGGACAAUCUGGAGAGGACAAAGCAGAAGACGAAAGCCAAUCUGGAGAAGACCAAGCAGAAAACUAAGGAGAACAUCGAGAAUACCAAGCAAAAGGCUAAGGAGAACCUGGAGAAGACCCGGCACAACAUCGAGAAGAAGAUGGGAAAGCUAGGAACACGCAUGAGCGUCAAUCCCGAACGCAAGCAGAAACUCCAGACAUCCCGUGACAAGAUGCAGAAAGCCUUCACGCCGGACCACGUGGUUUACGCCCGCUCCAAGACCGCCGUGUACAAGGUGCCGCCGUUCACCUUCUGCGUCAAGAAAGUCCGCGACGGCGCCGUCGAGGUCGUCCAGGGCACCGAGAUGGUGGAGGUCUCCCAGAACGCCGAGCCCUUCGACCGAGCGGACGUGGAGCUCGAGGGAGGGGCGGCGGAGGUCGAGAUGGAGAUGAUGAACGGCGGAGGGGAGGAUGAAGACGAAGACGAGGACGAGGACGAGGACGAGGACGAGGAGGAGGAGGACGAGGACGAAAGCCACGAUGCCGUGGAGGAUAACGAGGAUAAAGACAGAGACAGCGACUAGAUAAAGAACAAGGAGUUUGACUCCUGUAAAAAAAAAAAAUACAAAAUUUCCAAAAAAAAUGAAUCCAACGUAGGGUUUGAACACAUCUGCUCUCUCCCUCCUUCAAUUGUUAUGUUGCGUCUCGUUCCUUCGGGCGGUCGCGUGUUCGUGUUCGUGUUCAUUUCGAGAUCUUCCCUUCAUUUGCUGGACAACUAACCCCCUCUCACCCUUUGACCCUCCUACGGCGAAGGCCUCGUCUAGCUUCGGUUUUUUCGGGCAGAAUGCGCGUCAGGAGACAAGCUGCCUCCGAACGCCCCCAUUUCACCUCGCACUUUUGUACUUUCUGCCCUUAAAGCAACACAUCGCGGUCCUGAUCUUUUUCAAAAUGAAGGCCUUCACGGCGUCGGUUGCCUUGCUUCGCCUUCUCUACCUUCUUUUGAAAAGGUUCGUCUUCCGGAGCAAGAAAUUCAAUCGCAUCUGACGGGCGCCCCCGCAAUCGAAUCGUUUCCAAAGUGGCCGACAGGAAGCGGACCGGCUUCCACGGGACUUGCCGCAAUUCACCUUCCAACUGAAAACAUUGAAAUGAAAUCGCGCAUGCGCGUUAGUGUUCCGCUGCCCCUCGCGCUAUGACGUGGAACCUUCCUGACAUUUUCACUCGGAAGUGCAAAUAUAUGGAAAAGCCCCUCUAAAACUUCAAUUCUCCAUCUCAUCUUCCAACAUGGCCGCUCUGUUGCCGUUUUUCAAUACCAUUUACAAACCCAACCACCCAAAUAGAUUCAACGGCCAAUUCAUCAAUGAUUCCUUUCUUUUCAUUUCCCAAAGAAUGACGAUCAGAUCAAUCGUUUUAACUGUCAUCCACAUUUUGCCGGUAUUGUUCGUCUCUCUCUCUCUUGCUUUGUAUCUUAAAGGUUGCGAGCGGAGUCACGUGAGUCCGUUGCAAACGCAGAUUGCGCAAUCCUGCAGCCUGCUACUGCCCCCUGGCGCUCGACCCUUAAAAGUGCCACAUCAAGUCCAACAAUUGCCACAUUUGUUCGACCAUUGUCUCGUCAACUGUAUGAUUUGUUCACCAGUGCUACUUGCAUUCGUGAAGUGUCUCGUGGGGUCAAACUCAUAUUAACUAACUAGAUUAAUGUACGUUUUGCGAUGACUGCAUUCCUUGGCCAAGAUCAAAUAUAAGUCGAUUUUCCAAAAUAACUCAAGCCUGGAGUAGGUGGGAUGUGGCCAAUUAGAACAGAACAUUCUGUAAACUGGAUUAAGCUCGUCGAAGCUUGUUUCUAGUACAGAAGUGUGUUUCAGUUGUGUUUGAUUUUGUAAAUAAUCACAAUGCCGUUCAUAAGGCAUAAAGUACAUUUUUGCAUACCAGAGAACAUAAUGCAUACAGCUGCCGGCACAUACCUAACCUUUAGAAGUUUCUUGACACGCUUAUGAGAGAAGAUCAAAUAGUUCAGCUUUUUUAAUGCACAAUUUAUCUUAGUGGUUUCGUGAUCGGCACUUCAAAGUGAAUUAACAUUGUUGUAACUGAUUCUUGUACAAUGUUUCAUUCCUUAACCACUAAUGAAUUAAUAAAAGCUAUUUAGUUCA